AUGGAUUCGUUGAAGCAGGUCUUUGUCACCGCUGGAACAACGCUUGUACGCCAUUCACGUGACGGCUCUAAGCUGUACGUGUGUACUAAUUCCAUUUUGAAGGUAUUCGAUGUGUUGAACCCGGAGCGUGAGCCUGAGGUGUUGGACAUUCUAGGGAAAGUGAGCUCGUUCGAGGUGGGAGAGUUGAACGGCCACAGGUACGGCAUUGUGACUUCGAAAAGUGGAGUUUGUGAAUAUUAUGACCUGGAUUCUCUUCAAUCGAUGGGAAAGCUGGUUAGAUCGCCGUUAAGCUUGAGAGACGCUGUGUUCACUCACGGAGGUUCGAUGGUGCUCUGCGGGGGCUCUGACGGAGAGCUGAAACUGGUGGCUCUUGGAGCCGACUCUAGCAUCAAAUCUAUCAAUACCGGCGACCAGGUGACUGCAAUUGGGUACAAUAACAUCGGCGAUUUGGCAGCUGUGUCUCUUUCUAACGGAGACGUUUCAAUAUACGCGUAUUCCACGGCCGAGCCGGUGAAAAAAUAUGUCUACACCAAUAUUACCGAGAAACACAAGCUAUUGGAUGACGAGGACGAGGACGAUAUCGAUCUCGACGACUCGUUUGGGACUCACCCGCCAGAAGCCAAGAACAUGGCUGGCGUGUGUGGCUGUGACUGGCACCCAGAUGGAGAUCUGAUUGCUAUUCCCACCAAGGACAGGGAGAUCGAGGUGUACGACCGGACGGAUUUCUCAUCUCUAGAGUUCAGGUUCCAGGGACAAGUACACGAGAAGCCCCUAGUGGAUUUGAAGUGGUCUCCCAACGGUGCCCAUUUGGCCUCUCUUGGUCAAGACAGGAAACUUAUUAUCUGGGAAACAGCUUCCAGAAAAUCCGCCAGGGUAUAUAGUUUGCCGGAGAAUGGCUGCUCGUUGUCGUGGGGCCGUGGAGAUGGUAAUUUUGACAUUGUGGUUGGAACGGAUCAUGGUCACAUCAUCAGAUAUGAAUCGGUUGUUCCUAUGGCAGAAACUGGCACAAGGGAAGGCAAGGUGGUCGCCGAUGAGGCCGAAAGUGAGCCUGAGAGCGAGGUGACUGGACUGUUUGACGAGGCGCCCGAAGACGACUUUAUUGUCGAUGACGAUGGCUCAGGCUACGUUGAGAAGAAACGCUCUCUAGAGACGAACCAGCCCAUAAAACAACGCAAGGUGGUCAUUGACGAGACUGCUUAUAGGCCUUCAUUUGAAAUUCAGCCUUAUUCUCCAGGCGGGACGCCGUGGAACGGUAACAGGAAAUAUCUGACCAUGAACUCCGUUGGAUACGCUUGGACAGUCAAAUUGGAAAGCUACAAUACAGUUACAGUCAGUUUCUUCGACAAAGGGCUACAUAACGAGUAUCACUUUAAAGAUCUAUAUGGGUUCAAUGUGGCAUCCAUCACCGAAGACGGCAUUCUUCUCGCUUCUGCUACCAAAGGGAAGAAAUCUACCAUAAUGUACAAGUCACAUGACCAGCAGGAUACCUGGAUCAGGACACUUCUCCUGCAGCCCGGAGAGUUCGUUUCCAGCGUGACCCUUAGCAAGAACUCGAUAUAUGUCGCCACCUCUCUUGGUUUUGUCCGCAAAUACAGCUUGUUUGGCCGAAUCGAAAGAAUCGAAAAAACAGCCCCUGUGGUUGCUUGUGUCAAUAGCGACAAGUAUUUGUUUACCGUCACUUACAAUUCGGGGUCUUUGAACUUCAAUGUGCAAGAUCUCGACGGAAAAUACUUUCAGCGAAACGAGCAUCUUCCAUUGGCCCUGGCUGGAGGGUCGUACUCGUCGUAUCCUUUGAAGGGGCUUUUCUUCUCUCUUGAUGGUGAUCCUUGUGUUGUUGGGGCUGACGAUUAUCUUCUGAUACUUACCAGAUGGAGAGAUCCACUGCAGGCUUCCUGGAUUCCUAUUUUGGACACCGCUGCGGGGGUCAAAAAGCUGGCUCUUGGUGACGAUAUAAAAUGCUGGCCAUUGGGACUCUUGAAAUAUCAUUUCAACUCCAUAGUCACAAGAGGGUCUGAAUAUCCUUCUUUCCCGCUAGCCAUGCCUUUAGAAAUUCCAGUGAAACUUCCAAUUACCGGGGAAGAAGAGGAAGAGGACCCUGAAGAAGAACUGGUGCGACAUAUUACCUUGGGAGAAUUGCUCAAUGACGCAAUCCAAAACGACGACGUGGUCGACGAGACUGCGCAGGAGCGUUUGGCUGACAUCAGUGUCAAAUACGAUGCAGCGCUCCUAAAACAAUUCGGCCAGUCCUGUAACGACAGCAACCUUCACGACGCUCUUUAUCUGGCAAGUAAGCUACGGGAUGAGAGAGCUUUGCAUGCAGCUUCCAAAAUCGCCGAACGUCUGCAAUUAGUCCAGCUGGUCAACAAAAUCACCAAGCUCAGAGAGGCCAGACUCGAGUGGGAUGAAUAACCCGAAUCAAACAUAUAUAUUAAACGUCCUAGCGUCCCUUAUUGAUUUUAUCGAUAUCCUUCUGCGAGAGCACCAAUCCGUUUCUGGUAGAUUUUCCCACAGUAUUGAUUUUCAGGCCACGAUCUCUAAUUCUUUUAUCCUUCUUAAUACCUUUCCCGAUUCUUGUGCUGAUAGAGGUGACCCCACGAUCACUCAACUGUCUGAACUCUUCUUUCUUUUUCUUUGCUAGCACUAUACCAGCAUCUUUUGCCUCGCGCUCAUAUUUUUCGACCUUCCGCAAGUGUGCCUUGAUCAUUCCCUUUCGCAUCUCCAUCGGCAUUUUUUCAAGCUUCUUCUUGCCAUUUCCAUUAACCUCUGCCACUUUUUGAAUUCGACUGUUUAGAGCUUUUACGCGGGCAUUCCCCACUGGAUUCUCAUGGUCCAGCGUCUGAAGUGUAAGAUCUGCUCCCGAGUAUAUACUUCCUCUUGUGUCUGCAAGUAUAUGUGAUUCGCUCAGCAAUCUUUCCAGGGCAAUAUCAUUUUUUAUAUCCUCUUCAUCGCUUUUAGACUUUGACCCCUUGAGAAGCUGUUCCUCUUGAGCUUUUUUAUUGCGUUUCAGCUCUUCAAGU